UGUGUCUCUGAGUGUGAGUGUUUGUGAGUGCGGCUGGCCCCAGUACCUGGCCAAGGCCACCCCCUCCACCGGGGCCCUACAUCUCCACCAUGUGUAGCCCUCUCAUCUGCCCUGGAGCCUGUACAGCCAUGCCACGCUGCCCCUGAGAUCUCUAGAAAGCUGGUCACUAACUUUGCAGACGGAUGAGCCCUGAGCAGCCAGAGGAGAUUGGGGCUGUCAACGCUGCCCCCUGUCCGGCUUGGAUCCCCUGACAAGGUCCUCCUAGGCUCCAGACUGGAACCCUGACCAUGGAACCCUGAAGUGGCUCUGACUUCCAGAGCUCAGUGGCAGACCCCACCACCCCAGGCCCUUCCUGCCCCUCCCACAACCAGCUUUCCAGCGCCCAGAGGGAGGGGUGGGGAGGGGAUUCUGAUCUCACAGGGCAGGGGGCUUCCAUCAUGAUGCUCAACUCAGACACCAUGGAGCUGGACCUGCCUCCCACCCACUCGGAGACCGAGUCGGGCUUCAGCGACUGUGGGGGCGGGGCGGGCGCUGACGGUGCUGGGCCCGGGGGUCCCGGAGGGGGCCAAGCCCGGGGCCCAGAGCCCGGAGAGCCUGGCCGGAAAGACCUGCAGCACCUGAGCCGGGAGGAGCGCCGGCGCCGGCGCCGCGCCACCGCCAAGUACCGCACGGCCCACGCCACGCGGGAGCGCAUCCGCGUGGAAGCCUUCAACCUGGCCUUCGCCGAGCUGCGCAAGCUGCUGCCCACGCUGCCCCCGGACAAGAAGCUCUCUAAGAUUGAAAUCCUGCGCCUCGCCAUCUGCUAUAUCUCCUACCUGAACCACGUGCUGGACGUCUGA